AUGGCCGCGCCCCGCAGCCUGCUCGUGCUCCUCCAGGUUCUCGGACUCGCCCUGGCGCAGAUCAGAGGUCCGCCUGGAGAGCCGGGCCCGCCGGGCCCCCCGGGCCCGCCAGGAGUACCUGGAUCUGACGGCAUCGACGGUGAUAAGGGACCCCCUGGGAAAAUUGGACCUCCGGGAUCUAAAGGGGAGCCUGGCAAGGCGGGACCAGACGGGCCAGAUGGGAAGCCAGGCAUUGAUGGUUUAACUGGAGCCAAGGGGGAGCCUGGCCCUCUGGGGAUCCCUGGAGUCAAGGGCCAACCCGGGCUUCCAGGUCCCCCGGGCCUGCCGGGGCCUGGCUUUGCUGGACCUCCUGGACCACCUGGACCUGUUGGCCUUCCUGGUGAGAUUGGAAUUCCAGGCCCCAAGGGAGAUCCUGGACCAGAGGGACCAUCUGGACCUCCGGGGCCCCCUGGGAAACCAGGCCGCCCAGGAACCAUCCAGGGCCUGGAAGGGAGCGCGGACUUCCUGUGUCCAACCAACUGCCCUGCGGGUGUGAAAGGCCCCCAAGGACUUCAGGGUGUGAAGGGCCAUCCUGGCAAACGCGGGAUUCUAGGAGAUCCAGGCCGCCAGGGAAAGCCAGGUCCCAAGGGAGAUGUGGGUGCCUCAGGAGAGCAAGGCAUUCCUGGACCACCGGGACCCCAGGGCGUCAGGGGCUAUCCAGGCAUGGCGGGACCCAAGGGAGAGACGGGUCCUCAAGGAUACAAAGGCAUGGUGGGCUCGGUUGGUGCCCCGGGGUCCCCGGGUGAGGAGGGGCCACGAGGACCCCCAGGCCGAGCAGGGGAGAAGGGCGAUGUGGGCAGCCAAGGUGUCCGAGGACCCCAGGGAAUAACAGGCCCAAAAGGAGCAACUGGUCCCCCCGGCAUCGAUGGCAAGGAUGGGACCCCUGGCACACCUGGCAUGAAGGGCAGUGCAGGACAGACGGGACGGCCAGGAAACCCAGGGCACCAGGGUCUAGCGGGUGUACCAGGCCAGCCUGGGACAAAAGGAGGCCCUGGAGACAAGGGGGAGCCAGGCCAGCAGGGUCUCCCUGGAUUCUCUGGGCCUCCUGGUAAAGAGGGAGAGCCCGGUCUUCGAGGAGAGAUUGGUCCCCAGGGCAUCAUGGGAGAGAAGGGUGACCCGGGUGAGAGGGGGCCAGUGGGGCAGCCAGGCCCUCAAGGUCGACAGGGCCCCAAAGGGGAGCAGGGGUCUCCCGGAAUUCCAGGACCCCAAGGCUUGCCAGGCAUCAAAGGAGAGAAGGGCUCCCCGGGGAAGACAGGCCCCCGCGGCAGUGUGGGUGAUCCAGGUGUGGCUGGCCUCCCCGGAGAGAAAGGGGAGAAGGGGGAGUCUGGCGAGCCCGGGCCCAAGGGACAGCAAGGAGUCCGUGGAGAACCCGGCUACCCAGGGCCGAGCGGAGAUGCGGGCGCCCCGGGGCCGCAGGGCUACCCCGGGCUCCCAGGCCCUCGAGGACUGGCUGGUGACAGAGGCAUCCCAGGGCUGCCGGGGAGACAGGGCGUGGCGGGCCGCGAUGCCAGUGACCAGCACAUCGUGGAUGUGGUGCUGAAGAUGCUGCAAGAGCAACUGGCAGAAGUGGCUGUCAGUGCCAAGCGGGAAGCAUUGGGUGCAGUGGGAAUGAUGGGCCCCCCAGGACCCCCAGGACCUCCUGGAUACCCAGGCGUGCAGGGGCCUCACGGGCACCCUGGGCCCCGCGGAAUUCCUGGCAUCGUGGGAGCUGUGGGUCAGAUCGGCAACACAGGGCCCAAGGGGAAACGUGGAGAGAAAGGUGAUCAGGGAGAUGUGGGACGUGGACACCCCGGGAGGCCUGGGCCCCCAGGGAUCCCAGGCCUCCCUGGCCGGCCUGGCCAGUCAAUCAACGGCAAGGAUGGAGACCGAGGGUCCCCAGGGGCUCCUGGAGAGAUGGGCCGCCCUGGCCGGCCAGGCCCUGUGGGACUUCCUGGUUUCUGUGAGCCUGCAGCCUGCCUUGGAGCCUCAGCCUACGCCUCUGCCCGUCUUACAGAACCAGGGUCUAUCAAGGGGCCAUGAGCACCAGGCCAGGAUAGAGCCUGGUGAGCAUCCUGGGGGGAACAGACUGGGUCCCUUCUGGGUAGAUGUACACCUCCUGCCCAGGAAAC